AUGUUCUUACUAAUAAGUAAAUUAAAUGUUAAACAAAAUUUUUUUUUCCUUUAAAAUGCUUAAAUUAUUUUGUAAUAAUUUUUGUAUCAAAUAUACUGUUACAUCUUAAUCAAAUUGGAGAAGAAUUCAGAGAAAGUUAUUUAGAAAACUAUUCUGAAGAUUAAAGAUGCUGAUGUAUCAGUAAAUAUAAUAAUUAGGUCACUCUGAUUAUCUCCAAAUAUAUUGUAAAAUUUUAAAUCGCUUCGCAAGAAGCUCUUUAUAUAACCCUGAUUAUUAAGCAGUUUAGAAACCCAUUCAUACAAGACGCUUAAUAGAUAAUAAUAAAGAAGGUAAAAUUUCUCUAAUAAAAAUUUAACAAAUCCAUUAGAAAAAAUUGA